GUGCUAGUGCACACUUGUAAUUGCGCUGGGCGCAUAGUAUGAUCUGCGACAGCCAUAUGAUCCAGCGCUCGACCCAUCGCUCGUCCACAAACACUAAAAGUGUUUCAUAACAAUAUCGUCGUCGGCCAGGAUUCUCUCGCCAUUAAAGAAAAAUGAGCAGCAGUGAUGUCCGCCAGGCCAUGUUGUCCUUUUGGGAACAGUAUGAGCCGAGUAUCGAAUCGAUGAUGCUCAGUCAAGAUGCUAAUGAGCUUGACCGCAUGGAGAAAGAAGAAAUUCUUUCGUACUUGCCACCGAUCAAAGGACGCAGUGUCCUCGAACUCGGCUCAGGAAUCGGGAGGUUCACUGAUCACUUGGCGGAACACGCCAAACACCUGACAACAGUCGAUUUCAUGGCCGAUUACGUUGAGAAGAACCGACAACGGAACGGUCAUCACGCUCACGUGGACUUUCUGCGUGCCGAUGUCACCGAAUUGCAACUGCCGGCCGACAAGAAAUUCGACGUCAUUUUCUCCAAUUGGCUUCUCAUGUACCUGAGUGACGACGAGAUCAAGGUGCUCACCCGCAACAUGCUCACAUGGCUGAAAGACGGCGGGUACCUCUUCGUCCGCGAAUCCUGUUUCCAUCCUUCGGGCAACAUCAAGCUCGGAUCCAACCCGACGUUCUAUCGGUCACCUAACGAAUACUUUAGCCUCUUGCAAAAAGAAAUAGGCAGUUGCGUGUCGGACGACGGCGAGAAUCAUCACCACAACGUCUUUGAGCUGUCCAGAGCCAACUCUGUCUCCGCUUACGUCAAGGCCAAAGGGAAUCCUAACCAACUGUGCUUCUUGCUGAAGAAAAUGCCUUACUCAGCUCAAGAGUAUGAAAGCUUCCAGGCUUUUUUGGAUGAAAAUCAGUACUCCAGGAAAAGCAUCCUGCGGUAUGAGAAGAUCUUUGGUCCAACAUACAUCAGCACCGGAGGACAAGAGACAACAAUUGAGUUUUGCAAAAAACUAAAUUUGAAACCAGGCCAGAAAGUCCUUGAUGUCGGUUGCGGCAUUGGAGGAUCAGCUUUUCAUAUGGCCAGAGAAUAUGGGGCUGAAGUAAGGGGAGUAGAUCUUUCCACCAACAUGAUUACGCUUGCACUGGAAAACCAAGCUAAACAGGAAGAAGAGGUCAAAAAGAAGGUGUGUUUCGAGAUAACAGAUAUUACGAAAGCCAUAUUUCCUGAUGAGUCGUUCGAUGUCAUCUAUAGCCGAGACACGUUGUUGCACAUAGGAGACAAGGAAACGCUUUUUGCCAACUUUUUCAAAUGGCUUCGGCCUGGAGGUAAAGUUUUGAUUUCCGACUACUGCCGUGGAGAUCAAGAACAUUCUGAGCACUUCUUACGCUAUGUCGCCCAACGUGGUUAUCAUUUACUGACAGUGGUCGACUACGGCAGUAUUUUUACCAAAGUUGGAUUCAAUGAAGUGGAAGCCAAAGAUGUUACGGAUUACUUUGUUGAGAUCUUGCAAAAAGAGACAAAAAGUUUUGCCGAGCAAAAGGAGGACUUCAUUAAAGAAUUUUCGCCCGAGGACUAUAAUGAUAUUUUAUCCGGUUGGCAAGACAAAGUUAAACGCUGCAGUGAAGGUGAUCAGGCUUGGGGACUUUUCAUUGCUCACAAAUGACUUUCUGAUGAUAAAACCUGAUCUGAUGACUUCGUUGUACCUUUUUUUAACAACUUUUACUUAAAUGUAAAAAAAAUAUAAAAAUAAAUAAACAGCCUGAUGAAAA